AUGUCGCGGCCCAGCAGCAGAGCCAUUUACUUACACCGGAAGGAGUAUUCCCAGAGCCUGACCUCAGAGCACCCGCUCCUGCUGCACAGGGUGGAGCACCUGAUGACAUGUAAACUAGGAACGCCCAGAGUCCGGGAGCCCAAGGAUGCCUUGCAGAAGCUUCAGGAGAUGGAGGCCCAGGGACGAGUGUGGAGCCAGGACCUGAUCCUACAGCUCAGAGAUGGCUGGCUCCAGCUGCUGGACAUCGAGACCAAGGAGGAGCUGGACGCUUACCGCUUGGACAACAUUAAGGCCAUGGAUGUGGCGCUCAACACCUGCUCUUACAACUCCAUCUUGUCCAUCACAGUGCAGGAGUCUGGCCUGCCAGGCAUUAGCACUUUGCUUUUCCAGUGCCAGGAAGUGGGGGCGGAACGGCUAAGGGCCAGUCUACAGAAGGCCUUGGAGGAGGAACUAGAACAGAGCCGACCUCGAUUUGGAGGUCUUCAUUCAAGCCAGGACAGAUGGAAGGGGCCUCCUUUAGAAAGACCACUUCCUAUACAGCAGGCAGCCCCUCUGGAGCAAGGGCCCACUCCAGAACAGCGCUACCACACGACCUCAGAGCACAGCGUCCCACCGUCCCCACGGUCCCUUACACACUUUGCCAGUACCCGAGAGCCCAGCGCUUUCACUCUGCCUCCUCCAAGGCCAAGGCGGGACCCAUCUCCUGAGGACCCAGAGAGGGAUGAGGAAAUGCUGAACCAUGCCCUCAGAGACAUCGAGCUGUUCGCAGGAAAGCUGAAGGAGACCCAGGCGAAAGGCAGCCAUACGAAGAAGAAGAGGAAGCUUGGGAAGAAAAGCAAGAGCAAGGCUCACAGCACACAGGCUGAGUACAUUGACUGCUUCCAGAAGAUCAAGUUCAGCUUCAACCUCCUGGGGAAGCUGGCUGUCAGACUGCAGGAAACAAGUGCUCCUGAGUUUGUGCACAUCAUCUUUCAAAUCCUGGAAUUCAUCCUGUCGCAGUGCCCUGAGGCUGGCCUGGCAGCCCAGGUGAUCUCGCCCCUCCUCACGCCCAAAGCCAUCCACCUGCUUCAGUCCUGUCUAAGCCCACCUGAAAGUGACCUCUGGAAGUCCCUGGGUAUGGCCUGGACCACCAGCCAGGCUGACUGGACAGGCAAUGAACCACCACCCUAUCAACCCACAUUCUAUGAUGGCUGGCAGCUUCCAGAGGCCUCUUCCCUGGAACCCUUAAGACUCCAAGAUUCUGUUUCUCUCCGGUAUCCCUCUAGCCCCAGACCUUCCAAGCCAGUCCUGAAAAUGCAAGUCCUGUACGAGUUCGAAGCAAGGAACCCGCAGGAAUUGACUGUGGUCCAGGGAGAGGUGCUGGAGGUUUUAGACCAGAGCAAGAGGUGGUGGCUGGUGAAGAAUGAGGCAGGACAGAAUGGCUACAUUCCCAGCAACAUCCUGGAGCCCCUGCAGGCAGGAGGCCAGAGCCAGGCAUCUCUUAGGGCUCCAAUGCUUCGACUCAGCUCAAAGCCUGAAGAGGUCAGGGCCUGGCUGCAGGCAGAGAACUUCUCCACAAUCACGGUGAGGACCCUCGGGUCUCUGAUGGGGAGUCAGCUCCUUCGCAUGAGACCUGGGGAGCUGCAGAUGCUGUGUCCACAGGAGGCUUCACGGAUCCAGGCCAGGCUGGAGGCUGUCCGAAGGAUGCUGGGGAUGAGUCCUUAGGUGUCACCUCAGACACCUCCAAGUCCAAGUACAGCUCACAAGCAAGAUGGAACAUGUGGUACCUCUUAGAGACCUGAGAAUUCCUCUUCCAGCUCCCCAGUUUGUGGUAAACCACACACCCCAGCUUAUACACAGCAAAGAGGAAAAACAGGUCCAGAUGUUGAGGUGAAUGGCAGCCUUCUUGCUGGGGUAGAAGCUCUCCCCAGUUGCUAUUUAUUUUAGCCCUUCCUUAAGCCUGGUCCACUUUAACCACCGAGCCAUCUCCUCAGCCCAAGCCUGGCACACUUACUCCCAGGCUUGCCAGCAGUCUGUUCAGUCCCUCUCCUCCCCAAUAAAAAGCAUCUUCAAGCCUG